AUGCAGGUGCUCAUGGCCGCCUUUCUUGUCUGGACUCUGAUGUCUCCCCAGGACCGUGGCACGGAAGCCUGGCCCACACACACGGCCUGCAGGGAUGGGAGCUUGCAAGUCCUCUACCAGAGCUGCGACGCAUUACAAGAUUUUGGCUUUUCUGUUGACCAAUGUCCCAAACAAUUAAAACCAAAUCUCAACAUCAGAUUUGGAAUCAUUCUGAGGGAGGACGUCGAGGAGCUCUUUCUGGACAUCGCUCUCUUCAGUAAAGGACUGUCCAUUCUGAACUUCUCCUACCCCAUCUGUGAAGCGGACCUACCCAAGUUUUCUUUCUGCGGAAGAAGGAAAGGAGAGCAGAUUUAUUAUGCCGGCCCUAUCAAUAAUCCUGGAUUUGAAAUUCCUGAGGGAGAGUACCAAGUUCUGCUAGAACUGUACACCCAAGACCACUCCACCGUGGCCUGCGCCAACGCCACCAUCCUUUGCUCCUGAGCAUCUGGAAGCGCGGCCAGCUGUCCCGUGGGAACCGCGGCUCCUCACACUGACCCUGCCGUGAGGAAGGACCGGCGGACGACAGAGCAAGCCUCUGGGGAGGCGCAGGUGCUCAUUUCAGCCCCAGGACCAGAGGUCCCCAACUCCGCGGAUGUAACGAAGCCCCCGAAACAUCUGCUUCUCAGGAGCCCCCCGGGGGUCAUCCAGCAGUCUUGAGGGUCCGUCCCUCUUCCCUAAGUGCUCACCUGACAUCACGCACCUUUUUUCAGCUCCUGGGGGCCCUUCC